AUGGAUAAAAACGAUAAUGUUCAAGCACCACCUUCAACCGGUGAAUCACCAGCAACCGGUGCUCAAUCAACAUCAACACAAGCAGUGACGUCACCAUCAGCUAGUGGUGCAAGUGCUACUGGUACACCUUCAACGGCACUAGGAAAUCCGGGUUUUCUUCAAAAUGUUCAACAACGAUUUGAUUCAAUGGGUGAUGAUGCUGGAUCAUUUCUUGUCGGAAGUUUACCACCAGAAGUUGUACGUCGUGUAAAUGCACUUCGAAAUAUUCAAGUUGAACAUCAUAAAAUUGAAGCAAGUUUUUUUGAAGAAGUUCAUGCACUUGAAUGUCGAUAUUUAAGCAAAUAUCAACCACUUUAUGCAAAACGUUUGAAUAUUGUUAAAGGAAUAUAUGAACCAACAGAUGUUGAAGCUAAAUGUGCAUUUGAUGAGGAUGAAAAUGAUGAAGAAGCUAAGAAAGCAGAAACUGGAGAAAAAACCGACGAACAGAAAAAAGACGAAGAAAAAGCCGUCGGUAUUCCAGAAUUUUGGUUACAAGAUCAAGAUGAACCUGUUUUAAAACAUCUUAUUGAUGUACGUAUAACAAUGCAAGAUGAACCACAACAAAAAGGUUUUACAAUUGAAUUUGAAUUUACAUCAAAUGAAUAUUUUUCAAAUACCACAUUAACGAAAUCUUAUGAACUUCGUACGGGACCCGAUGAACAUGAACCAUUAUCAUAUGAAGGACCAGAAAUCGUUAAAUCAAAAGGUUGUGAAAUUCAUUGGAGUAAAGGAAAAAAUGUAACUGUUAAAAUGGUUAAAAAACGACAAAAACAUAAAAAUCGUGGUACAAUUCGUGUUGUUACUAAAGAAGUACAAACUGAUUCAUUUUUUAACUUUUUUACACCACCAACUGUACCUGAAGAAGCUGAUGCUGAACUUGAAGAUAAUGAUGAAAUGCGUAUGUUAGCAGCUGAUUUUGAAAUUGGUCAUAUGCUUCGAGAUUCAAUUGUACCUAAAGCUGUACUUUACUAUACAGGUGAAGCUGGAGAUGACGAAGAUGGAGAUUAUGAUGAAGAUGAUGAAGAUGAAGACGAAGAUGAUGAUGAUGAUGAAGAACCAGAAGAAGAUGAAGAUGAGGGUCACGGACAUCAUCAUCAUGCAGGUGGUCGAGGUGGACAUCAUCAUGGUGGUGGUAAACACGGUUCAUCAGGUGGUCCUAGUGGUAAAUCUCGAGGCGGUAAACAAGGUUCAGCUGCUGGUGCCAAUGGUGCAGGACAACAACCUGAAUGCAAACAGCAAUAA